AUUUAAGAUGAUUAUCAUUUCGAAAAGCCUUUUACCUAUAGGGAGCUGGUUCUGGCGCUGCCCGCGUCCCCUGUGCCACAGUGGCGAGCCUGUCGGGAAUCGCGUUCUGGUCGCCUUUGACUUUGACAAGACGAUCAUUCAGCAGGACUCGUACCUGGCCGUGAGCCAACUUCUACCGGGGGCAAGGCGCAACAUGGCAUUGCUGGAAAUAUUACCGAAGUUUGGCUGGCAGAUCUUCAUUAACCGCGUGCUCCAGCUGCUGCAUGAAGACCACCAGCUGGACUCCAGGGCGACAGCAGUCGGCCAGCAAGUGCGCAGCAUUCCGGCAGUGCCAGGCAUGCUGCAUCUGAUGCGUUGCCUCAACAGAAAUCCCACCGUGGACAUGUGCAUCAUAAGCGAUGCCAACUCGUUCUUUAUCUGCGAGUGGCUGGAAUCGUACGGCAUCAGGUGCCUGUUCACCGACAUUGUCACCAAUCCGGGCUGCGUCCAGGCGGACGGUAAGCUGCUGGUCCUGCCCUACGAAGACCAGAUUGGCUGCGAUCUCUGUGUCCGCAACCUGUGCAAGGGCGGCGUGCUGCAACAGAUGCGCUGUGGCGAUCUCUAUAAGCAAGUAGUCUACGUGGGUGACAGCUGCAAUGAUCUGUGCCCCAUGAAGAGUCUCCGCGCCGGCGACGUCGCCUGCAUACGGCACGGCUUUGAGCUGCACGGCAGGAUGGCCGCACACAGAAAUAUGCUGAGUUGCUCGGUUCUGAUGUGGCGCGAUGGGCACGAGCUGGAGGAGCACUUGCUGCCGAGAAUCGCUUGAUAUGUACUCGAUGUGUG